GAGUACUCGCCCGCUGCCACCACCUCCGAAAACGGGGGCGGCAAGAGGAAGCAGAAGGAGAAGGAGCUGGAUGAGCUGAAGAAGGAGGUUAACUUGGACGACCACAAGCUGUCCCUGGAUGAGCUGGGCAGGAAGUACCAGGUGGACCUGUCCCGGGUGAGAUGUCCCCCCGUNCUGGUGCAGGAUGGCCCCAACGCCCUGACGCCCCCUCCCACCACCCCCGAGUGGGUCAAGUUCUGCCGCCAGCUCUUCGGGGGCUUCUCCAUCCUCCUCUGGAUCGGGGCCAUCCUCUGCUUCCUGGCCUACGGCAUCCAGGCUGCCAUGGAAGACGAGCCCUCCAACGACAACCUGUACCUGGGGGUGGUGCUGGCCGCCGUCGUCAUCGUCACUGGCUGCUUCUCCUACUACCAAGAGGCCAAAAGCUCCAAGAUCAUGGACUCCUUCAAGAACAUGGUGCCCCAGCAAGCACUGGUGAUCCGCGAGGGCGAGAAGAUCCAGAUCAACGCAGAAAACGUGGUGGUGGGCGACCUGGUGGAGGUGAAGGGGGGGGACCGGGUGCCCGCCGACAUGCGCAUCAUCUCCUCCCACGGCUGCAAGGUGGACAACUCAUCGCUGACGGGGGAGUCGGAGCCGCAGACCCGCUCGCCCGAGUUCACCCACGAGAACCCACUGGAGACCCGCAACAUCUGCUUCUUCUCCACCAACUGCGUGGAAGGCACCGCCCGCGGCAUCGUCAUCUCCACGGGGGACCGGACGGUGAUGGGGCGCAUUGCCUCGCUGGCUUCGGGGCUGGAGGUGGGGCGCACGCCCAUCGCCAUGGAGAUCGAGCACUUCAUCCGCCUCAUCACCGGCGUCGCCGUCUUCCUCGGCCUCUCCUUCUUCCAGUAUUGGGGUGCAAUGGAGUGUCUGGGGCUGUGGGUCCAGGCUGGGGUGCAGCAGGGGCUCUGCGCAUGCACCGUGUGCCUGACGCUGACGGCCAAGCGGAUGGCGCGCAAGAACUGCCUGGUGAAGAACCUGGAGGCGGUGGAGACGCUGGGCUCCACCUCCACCAUCUGCUCUGACAAGACGGGGACCCUCACCCAGAACCGCAUGACCGUCGCCCACAUGUGGUUCGACAACCAGAUCCACGAGGCCGACACCACCGAGGACCAGUCGGGUGCCACCUUUGACAAGCGCUCGCCCACCUGGGCGGCACUGGCACGCAUUGCCGGGCUGUGCAACCGUGCUGUCUUCAAGCCAGGCCAGGAAAACAUCUCCAUUUCCAAGCGGGACACGGCAGGCGACGCCUCGGAGUCGGCGCUGCUGAAGUGCAUCCAGCUCUCCUGCGGCUCCGUCAAGAAGAUGCGGGACAAGAACCCCAAAGUCACCGAGAUCCCCUUCAACUCCACCAACAAGUACCAGCUCUCCAUCCACGAGCGAGAGGAGGACCCCCAGGGGUACCUGCUGGUGAUGAAGGGGGCCCCCGAGCGCAUCCUGGACCGCCAUGGGGUGUAGGGACAUGGGGGCGCGAGGUGGGGUGACGGGGGAUAUUGGGGACGUGGGGGGCAUGGGGGACGUGGUUUCUGCCACCUCUACCUGCCCCCGGACAAGUUCCCCCGCGGGUUCAGGUUCGACGCCGACGAGGUCAACUUCCCCACCAGCAACCUCUGCUUCGUGGGGCUGAUGUCCAUGAUCGACCCCCCCCGCGCUGCCGUCCCCGAUGCUGUGGGCAAGUGCCGCAGCGCUGGCAUUAAGGUGAUCAUGGUGACCGGGGACCACCCCAUCACGGCCAAGGCCAUUGCCAAGGGAGUGGGCAUCAUCUCGGAGGGCAACGAGACAGUGGAGGACAUCGACGCCCGCCUCAACAUCCCCGUCAGCCCGGUCAACCCCCGGGAGGCAAAGGCCUGCGUGGUGCACGGCUCCGACCUGAAGGACAUGACCUCGGAGCAGCUGGACGAGAUCCUCAAGAACCACACUGAGAUCGUCUUCGCCCGCACGUCCCCCCAGCAGAAGCUCAUCAUCGUGGAGGGCUGCCAGCGCCAGGGUGCCAUCGUGGCGGUGACAGGAGACGGGGUGAACGACUCCCCGGCGCUGAAGAAGGCCGACAUCGGCAUCGCCAUGGGCAUCGCCGGCUCUGAUGUCUCCAAGCAAGCGGCCGACAUGAUCCUCCUCGAUGACAACUUUGCCUCCAUCGUCACUGGUGUGGAGGAAGGGCGCCUGAUCUUUGACAACCUGAAGAAGUCCAUCGCCUACACCCUGACCAGCAACAUCCCCGAGAUCACCCCCUUCCUCCUCUUCAUCAUCGCCAACAUCCCCCUGCCCCUGGGCACUGUCACCAUCCUCUGCAUCGACCUGGGCACCGACAUGGUCCCUGCCAUCUCACUGGCCUACGAGGCGGCCGAGAGCGACAUCAUGAAGCGGCAGCCCAGGAACCCCCGGACCGACAAGCUGGUGAACGAGCGGCUCAUCAGCAUGGCCUAUGGGCAGAUCGGGAUGAUCCAGGCGCUGGGCGGUUUCUUCACCUACUUCGUGAUCCUGGCGGAGAACGGCUUCCUGCCCGGCACGCUGGUGGGCAUCCGCCUGGCCUGGGACGACCGCUCCACCAACGACCUGGAGGACUCCUACGGCCAGGAGUGGACCUACGAGCAGCGCAAGGUGGUGGAGUUCACCUGCCACACCGCCUUCUUCGCCAGCAUCGUGGUGGUGCAAUGGGCCGACCUCAUCAUCUGGUCAGCUCUGAUAUGGCCCUGUCCCCAGUCAGGGACGCUGGGGGACAGGGGACCCCAAGGCUGA